AUGGCGCUGAGCAAACGCUUCGAAAUGACGGAUCUCGGUGAGCUCGAUUACUUUCUCGGCAUGGAGAUCAAGAACGACCGUAAGACGGGAAUGGUGACUGUACAACAAACCAAGUUUCUCAAGUCCGUGUUGACCAAGUUCGGAAUGGAUAACAGCAAGCCAGUGAAGACGCCUCAAGAUCCCGGCCUGAAGCUAACCAAGAACAUGUGUGAACAAGAAUGCAAGCACGAAGACACCAUGUGCAACGUGCCAUAUCGAAGUGCUGUCGGAGGCAUCAUGUAUCUCAUGGUCGCCACACGUCCGGAUCUAGCUGCUGCAGUGGGAUCAUUAUCCCAGUUCUCGUCCGACCCAUGCCCGACUCACUGGCAAGCUUUGAAGCGUGUGCUGAGAUACCUGCAAGCAACGCCCAAUCACGGUCUUGAGUUUACACGUGAAGAAGGAAGCCGUAUCUGCGGUACACCGACGCAGACUGGGCCGGCGACAUUGAGUCAAGACGAAGUACAAGCGGCUAUGUGUUCAUGA